CGCGCGCUCACGAGCAUCUCCGCAUGCGAAUCCUUGUUUAUUUCUCGGAUAUGUGAAUAGGGUCGAGUCUCCUUUAAAUAUCUGCUCGAGUUUAUGCAUUUGAUGGGGAAAAACCUUAUUCCGACCGGCGAUGUUUUAACCGAAACGCAAGAGAUGCACGCGGCUGGUCCUGAUGAGAGACGCGGCGGACCGCAGCAUCCGCAUCCCUCAUCCAACAUCAUCAUCCUCUGAAAAUGAUGCUGCACACAUUCAUCAUGUUUAUUCUCUGUGUGUGAUCGCAGCGCUGGUGGUUUGAGAUGGUUCGGGUCGUCAGUGUUCUGGGUCUGGUGAUGUUCAGCAUCGCUUUGCUCAUUUUGUCACUGAUCAGUUAUGUGUCUAUAAAGAAAGAUUUCAUCUUCACCGCCCCGAAAUACCCCAACGCCGGAGGACCGCGGAUGUACAUGUUUCAUGCGGGAUUUCGGUCCCAACUGGCAAUGAAGUUUCUGGACCCUGCCUUCACAUCCCUCAAUAACGCUCUCAACGAAAACCUGCAGGAGUCUGAUAAUUGGAGGUUUAAUAAGACCGCUUAUGUAGAGCAGAGUAAAGAAAUCGGCCAAUACAUCGACGUGCCGCACAACUUCACCCUGACGAAAAGCAGCGUGCGCGUUGGUCAACUGAUGCACUACGACUACUCCAGUCACAAAUACGUCUUCUCCAUCGGGGAGAACCUCAAGUCUCUGCUUCCAGACUCUUCUCCCAUCAUCAACAAGCGCUUCAACACCUGCGCCGUCAUCGGCAACAGUGGGAUUCUCACCGGCAGCCACUGUGGCCCGGACAUCGACAAGUACGACUUCGUCUUCCGAUGCAACUUCGCGCCCACCGAGGUCUUCCGUAAAGACGUGGGCCGCAGGACCAACCUCACCACCUUCAACCCCAGCAUUCUGGAGAAAUACUACAACAACCUGCUGACCAUCCAGGACAGAAACAAUUUCUUCUUGAGUCUGAAGAAGCUUGAUGGUGCCAUACUGUGGAUUCCUGCCUUUUUCUUCCACACGUCCGCCACGGUCACGCGCACGCUCGUAGACUUCUUUGUCGAGCACAAGGGCGAGCUGAAGGUGCAGUUGGCGUGGCCGGGAAACAUUAUGCAGUAUGUCAACAGGUACUGGAAGACCAAGCAUCUGUCCCCGAAGCGUCUGAGCACAGGGAUCCUGAUGUUCACGCUGGCCUCGUCCAUGUGCGAGCAGGUCCAUCUGUACGGCUUCUGGCCCUUCGGCUGGGAUCCAAACACCGGCAAAGAGCUCCCGUAUCAUUACUAUGACAAGAAGGGAACCAAGUUCACCACCAAGUGGCAAGAGUCACACCAGCUGCCCACCGAGUUCAAACUGCUCUUCAAAAUGCACACGGAAGGCAUCCUGAAGCUCAGCCUCUCCCACUGCGCCUAGAGGUCAAAGGUCAGGGGUCAGAGAGCCAGCGGGGGUCAGGACCGCGGGUCGCUUGCUUCUGCUAAUGGACGUUUGUCGUGAUUCGGUGCGGCGUGAAUUUUAUUCUGCAGCGGGCUGAUGAUGUUCUCGGUAUCUGGUGAUAUCAAUGAUUGUGGGAGUAUUGAUGAUGUGAAGAUCAAUCUGCUCAAAGCCUCAUGUUACAAUAUACCUGCAUACAGCAUAGAAAAUACACAGAAAAUAUUAUGGCUUCGUUUGUUUGCUAGUGACAAUUCUUGCCAUAGUACAACUCUACCAUUCUCUUCAGUUAAACAGAGGGCUUAGCGACUUGAACAAACCUGUAACCCCAAACAUUUCUCUUUGGCGUGUAAUAGACACGCUACAGACACGACUGAAACUCACAUGUGUGUGCUGUGACUUUUCCAAAUGAUCAAUGCGGCCGAUUUUCAAUCAGAUGGGUAAACUCGGCUCAUGUCUAUAGAGAAGAAUAUCAUGUGACGUCUGGAGGCGCUCCUUGGGUCAACCCUUCGGAAAAUAAACAUUAUAUACUACAAAUAAACAGAAAACAUGGUUACUAGUGAAAUGGGUCAUUCUCACGAAGCCACUGAAACAUCAUGGCAGUAAAGAUUUGACCGACAAAACGUUCAGUUUGAUAACACAAAAAUGUUCAUGAUAAAGAUAAUUGUGUUAUUUACCUUGGACAAAAAUUCAUUUUCACACAGCAAUAUAUUUUUUAUGCAUUUUCUUGCUGAAUUUCUCAAAACCAUUACUAAUAACCAUUAUUAGUCCGAGUGCAUUAUAUGUUGUAAUUUAAACAGAGUAAAAAUCAAAUGUUUUGAAAAAAAACAAUUGGAUGUACUAGAUGUUCUCAAAUUACAAAAAAUUACAAAAAAAAUGAUUGACAGAAUAUUUAUGUCUAAUAAAAAUGAAGAAAUAUUGGAGGAAUGAAGUGUCCAGGACUGGUAUUCUCAUCCUCUGACAUUUUUAAUAAACAAAGAUAUUAACAUUAAUUUUGAAUUUAUGUAAAGAAACUAAUGUUUCUCAUCAAGUUAACAGAUUACUUUAGAUUUUUCUAGUUAAAAACGUAAUUUUCUCUUGUCACAAAGAGCCUUUUCCCGUCUCAUUACUGACACAUGUAUUCUACAUAUUCUAUUAAAAUACAAUUAAUUUAUGUCUUGUUAUGUAUGAUUAAUAAAAACUUGCUUAGGCGUCAUGACUUGCUUGUUUCAAGCAAAACAUGCUAUAAGAUUGACAGCUUUAAAUGGUUACGCCAAUUGUUUUUGUUUUAAAAUAAUUCAUUGUGUAAAACUGUCAGUAAAAGUUUUAAAAGCAUUGCCUUUAAACAUGAAUAUUAAGGAAAUUUGUUGAAAUGUGUUUUUGAGAAAAUCGUGUUUGACAUUUUCAGAUUUUGUGAGAAUCACCCAAACCAUGGUAACCACAGUUAAUCGUGGUAUUUGUAGUAAAACUAUGGUGUUACAAACAGUUCUCAAUACGCCAAAACUAGCGGUGUUCUCUAUAUUAUAAUAAAAGCAAGGUUAACAAGAGAGAAAUCAACCACCCACAGCAACAUGCUAAAGGCUCUGAGAACCUUAGUGAGCACAUAGCAACACCAUGGCAAUGCCUUAGCAUCACUACAGUGUGACGUGUGCACAAGCAAAAUCCUUCACAGUUUCUUCAGAUUUCUUCAAAAGUAAAAAUCUAUUUUCUAUGUAGUUUCUAAUCUGAACACUCAAGACAGAGAUGAUGGUACACUUAUUUUCAGCACGCAGGAGAUCGUCACCGCUGGUUUGUUGUUGUGUGAAUACACAGAUACAGUGAGUUUAGGAGUUGAAUGUGUCAAUUAAUCCAGUUUCACAGGCUGGUGGGCGGGGCUUUCUUAAUGAGAGGCUGCGAUUGGCUGCAGAAGUUACUUACAUAUAAUUAUAUGAAUGUGUGCGCAUUACGAGCAUGUGUGUGUCAGACAUAAACUCACACAUAUCGAUUGUUUCUUAUUAUUAUUAUUAUACCGUACAUGUGUGUGUGUUCAUUUCUUUAGAUGUGUAGAGCUGUGAUCCGUGUGCUGAAAAGAAGGUUUGUUUUAUCUUCUUUAAUCUAAUUCUGCUAUUCUUUGGAAUAGUUUAUACAGUUUUAACAUAACAAACUAUAAUGGAUCAAAAUGACACAGAUAUUUUUAUCUUUGUGGCUUUUUGUGAGCAAGUCUCAGAACAUCAAAUUACGAGUUACUACAUAAACCUCCUCAUGCGUGUCAGAUCAUUUCUGUGAAAUAAAUUCUGAAAAACUGACUCCAUAUCAGAUAAACAAGUAUAUCUAAAUACUACACAAAAAAACACAGGAGAGAAGUCAUGUUAGAUCUGCAAUUUGCUGAUUUAACACAAAUCAAUUUUUAAAGAAGCAUUUGCAGCAAAUAAAAAAUUGUUGAUUUGGUCUGACGGUGAUCAGCUGUGAAUUAUGGGAUGUCCAGGAAAACUUUACUCAAAUUGUUAACACAUGCAGAUUUGUUUUGCGUGGCCAAGCGGAUUGGCAAACAAAUUGAUUGGCUGAGAUGAUUAAGAUUCGAUUGGCUAAGACGGAGCGCAUGCUCUGAUUCUUGAUCACAUAUCUGAAGUUCUGUUUGAUAAACGCUGAACCUGUAAAACAUUUCACUGAAGCUUCAUGUGUCUUAUCAUCACAGAAGAGAGGAAGAUUAUUUCAUUUUAAUUUUGAUGUAAAAGCUUAUGAAUGUCCAACAGAAAGAAUCUAAGAAAGUUCACACAACAUUUACCAAAGAACUUGUCUCGCAAACGUCUGUCAGCUGACAUCUGAAAGUUCUUGAUAAAAAACAUUUUCAAGGUUUCUUCUGUGUUUGGGGAGACAGACAAAAUAGUGAGUGUCAAGGUUUCGAGGGGUUUGGCACAAAGGUUUCUUUACAUCUGUCUUAAAUGAGAGUGUUCUGCGAUUUUUAUUUUGUUAUUUGUCUUUCAUAUUGUUCUAUUGUGAUUUAUAGUGCAGUUGAAAAAAUGCAGUAUUCACACACUGGGAAUCUUCCAGUUCCUUUUCUUUCACAUUUUGCUCUCUGACUGUCUGUUGGCUGUAUGAAUCUCUCAAUGAACUUUCGUGAAACGGAUCAAACCAGAGACUCUUAGAGAAUCAUGGGCUCUGAAUGUUUCAGUAUGUUUGUUUAAUUGUAUAAUGCUGAUUUCUUUCGGUCAUUUGUGUCUUUCAGUGUUUUGUGCGUGUGACUGUCAGCAGAUCUUGAGUUUCUCAGAUAUUAUUGUGAUCAUUUCGAAACAAACUUAUCUAGACAUCAUCUGUAUAUUAAAUAUUAUUUCUUAAUAUUUCCAAUUACUUGAUUGAAUCCUUUUAAUAGUGAAAGUCAUUGUUGAUGUUUCCAUGGCAAAUGUUGUUCAUCUAAGAGAAUGUGGACGAAUAAACUU